AUGGUAGUUAUAUAUACCUCCACCACUGUCCCAAUAAAUUCGUUCAAUGACAUCGACCCUUUAACAUCUGCCGAGUUCUGGAAAGUCCUGGAACACAAAUGCCGCAACCCAGUACCGUUUGUCAAACCCAUCACACGUUGUCGAAUCAUCAGUGAGGAUCACGACUACGAAACUGGUCAGCUUACCAGUCUGACCAGGAUGGUCAUGGUCAAUGGAGGAGAGGCUGAAAUUGAAGAAGUCGCAGUUCUCAAGAAGCCGGUCAUGGUUUCGUUUAUUAUCCCUUCAACUGGAACUUGUGUUACCAACAUUCUUUCACGUGGAGCCGAUGAGGCAGAUCUUUACAUGGUGUCGACAUACGAGUGGCACCAUCCAGAGGUGCAAGCGGGCAGCGACGAACACAAGAAGCUCACGGAAUACUACUGGCAGAUGAGCAGCGAGACCGUGAAGAAUACAGUGACCGUAGCUAAGCAAAUGAGUAGGGAGGGAAAACUUGAUAAUAUGUGA